AUGGUGACUAUUGGAACCAUGAAUGACAUUGUUGAAGCUAACCACAAAGUCGACCAUAUCUUUCCAGUGUUUGUCAAGAAAACGGUGGUAAUAACCAACACACUCAAGGUGCAAUUGAAGGUACACUAUAAGUCAAAAGACGACGAUCUUGGAGUUAGGAUGUUGGGACAUGAUGAAAGCUUUCAUUUUACAUUUAGGACGACAUUGUUUUUCAGAACGCUAUUCUAUUGUUCCUUUGAAUGGCCAGGUAGCAACGGACUCCAUUGGUAUGAUAUAUACGAUGACAUGAUUAAUCAUAAUGACCCUUCAACUCUGAGAUGGCUCAUUAAACCCCUUGGAACAUGCAUGUGGGAUAAAUAUACUUCGCUUUAUGACAUAUGUGAUUAUUGGAAAAAGUAG